AUGGCAAGCAAUACAACCACAGCUUCCCCGGCUGUCUUAGUGCCCCCGCCGCCUCCACCUGGGACCAAUUACAUUGCAAUAAUACAGCCAUCUCUCAAUUCGAUCAUGAUCGGACACACCUUCACAGUCGUUCUGAUUCCUCUGAUCAUUGCUCUUUUUUAUUUCUCCACUCCACUUUCACGGAGAAGACCCAUAUUCAUUCUCAAUGUUGUAGCGAUCAUUUUGGCAUUCACGGCUGGGGUUAUGAUUGACAGUCUCGCUAUUCAUUCGGUGUUGUCACCAUUGGACCCAUGGCCGCCAACAAUGAACAUCGCCAUUGGAAUUAUAGGCGCAUUUCAAUCAAUCCUUGUUGAUCUCAUCCUUCUACUUCGCCUUACACUUAUCUACUCUUACUCCCUUGUCGGCCCCAAACGCUUCGCCCUCGUCACCGCACUUCCUAUACUCCUUAAACUCGCGCGCCUCGUUAACAUGUUCAUUUUCAUUAAAGUCCUUGCGGAUGCUGCGCGUGGCCCAUUGGGGAGUGAGAACAUCGCAGUGGUGUGGGCCACUACUCCUUACCUCAAGAUUGAGUGGUCAGCUCAGCUUGUCGACAAUGCCUAUGCCUCCAUAGCCUUCCUAUGGGCAAUCCGUCUUCGAAGAAUUCAUAGAUCAGGCGUUACGAGUGAAAUCAGCCCGCGGAGGACAACGUUUGGACAACGGCUACGCGCCCUUUUCUACAUUGCUAUCUCCAACUUCGUCUUCCCUUCUCUCCUGUCCCUCGCACAGCUGGUUGUCGUGUACAAAAACGUAUACGUCCUGACAGUCAACGAGAUCGUACUCGUCAACACCAUGGUUGCUGUCAUUGGCGUCGUUUUCGCCACUGUGUGGGCUGGCUCCGUAAAUUAUCGAGACGAGAAAACCGAGCCUAGGGUGCUUGAAAAGGCGCAAGACGUGAAAUGUGAUGGACCAGGAACGUGGAAAGUUGCGACAGUGGAACCUAGUUUGACAAUUGGGUCGACUGUCAUUACUGACCGGACGCGUAACACGCGCGGGGAUGCCAUAAAACUCGUUGACAUGAAUCAGACCUCAGGUGAGUGA